AUGGCACAGUCGGAGAUUUCUCUUUUCGCAGCCCAGUUCGAUGAGCUGUGUGGCCGCAGCGUGACGCCCCGUGCUGAAUGGUCACGCCACGCUGCAGGGUCAAGCACGCAGUCACCUCCGCCGUUUCGUGGAAGACAGGCUUGGGAUGCACAUCGCGCACGCUGGAGGGACUGCGAAGGCAGAAGCACCGAGGGCAGGCGAGGACUGGCGCAGGAUUUCGCUAGGCCUGCGGUAACACCGGCGUGUGAAGCCGCUCUCAUAAGCUGCAACAGUUUCAACAGCUACCGUUUGGCGACUGUCAUCCCGCCGGAGCCUGGGCGGGGCACCUGGGCAGAGGGCGAUGAUGUCGCAAGUGUGGAUCAUCUGCCGUUCCCUAUCCGGCGUAUCGCCUCCAAAGAUGCUGCAGCGUCUCGCACGCUCCUCCGAGAACUCCGCUCUGACGCAGGCUUUCAGGGAGUUGCCGCUAGAUGUUUUUCAGAAAGGCCGCUUUUGUCGACCGCGGAACUCUUGGGCAUGCUGAAUAUGACGAGCUGCGGCGGCCUCGCCUCUGUGGACGUCGGAGAGGGCACUCACGACACCUGCGGGGAAGUUCCGUGCCUUGCGGAGACUAAAAGUGCUGCCGCGAGUCCUCGUCGGAAACUGGCAGCGAGACAGCCUGUGAGGUUCGCGCGAGGCCGUGGAGACGCACUGCUUGGGGAUGAGCGGACAGCGGGCUGUGCCUCCGGGAGUGGUGAACUGUUACCUGGUGUCGAGAUGGAAUAUCCGUUUUCCACCAGAACUCCCCUCUCCAGUGCCCUGGCAACGAGUAUCAUACACGAGGCUGCUCUUGCGGCUGCCGAGGAGGAAGCAGCAGCCAUUCGCGCUACGCGCAACCAGCUGGGCGGUGUUAUAUUUAGGCAAGCAGUUGCGGCGGCUAAGGCGGAAGAGGGACAAUGCCACCUGCGGCAGCUAGUGACGCAGUUAGGGGAGCAGCAGGCAGCGAUUGGGCAGGAACUCGAAGAGAUUCGGAACUUGCAAGAGAGCUUGGCGCGCCAACAGGCAGAAUUGCUGUCGCAGCAAAAGCGCACGGACGACGCAGACGGGAGACAGCUGCACGCCGAGAUGCAGUCCGAUCGGGAGCGGCGCGGGGAGGCGCUCGAUGAGGCACAGGUGCACCAGCCAGGCGCCGAAACACUGCGCGCCGCCACGCCUCACCAGCCUCCUUCGGGGCGCGAGCCGUCGCCCUCGACAGGGCCGAAUGGCGUCAUCUCGACGCCGAGACCGGGGACCACUGCCUGGACGACGCGUCCGACAUCGACGGCGGGGGAACUCUCGUUGACAGAUAACCGGUUGGCUGUUCCCGCUGUGUGUCAGCCCCCCGAGGCCCCGCCGACGUCGCCGCCUGAGGCGGACGCGAGGCGCGCGCACGCGUUCCUCGAAACAGGCACGACCCUGCCACAGGCGGAAUCCACGGCAAACAUCUCCCCGCGGUCGGCUCGGCCGCCUGCCUCGCCUGCUGCAAACCGAGCCACUGCCCUGACAACGUGGAGUGCAGCAGAGAAGGCGCCUGUAGCCCCUCAGACAUCCCCACUACCCACGGUGCUGCUUAAGUCGUGCACACCUGUCUCCGAGCUUCGAGCUCCGCGAGCCCUCGCCCCGUCGCACCAGCAGAUCUGGCGAGCGUCCUCGGCUUCGCGUGGCUCGAGCUUGCAGACGACUAGCCGACUGAGACAAGCGUCGUCUCCGGCGCCUGCGUGCGUCUCUGGCUCGAAGCAGGCGGCAACAUCUAGUCUGGCGUCGUCCCCGCUACGCUGGUGUGGCACAGCGUGCUGUGGCGCCGCAUCCUCAACUCCGUCAACCCCUCGGCGACCGAGGGAUCACACUGUCCCGGUUUUCCGCCGUGCCGCACCUGUUCAGCAAAGCCACGCGGAUGCAGCACCGCUUGGGCCUGCCGUACGUGCACAUGACCGCAACUCGACUGGGUACACGUGGGCGCUCCCUGUGGGAGUGACCGCGCCGCAAUACUCGUAUGUGCUGCCACACCCCUCCCGCGCAGGAUUCUCACCCGUCCGCGGACGAACGGCCGUGCCAGCCGCGAAUCGCACCUCGUUUCCGUCAUCGCCAGCAGGAUUCGCAGGGGCCUCGGGCUCAAAUUCUGUCACGGGGGCGACGGCUGUCCUGCGUGGGCGAAGCUUCUCAUCAGCUGGCGGUAGCGUCCACGCGUGUCCGGUCCGGUACGCCUCCCCGCACACAAGCGAGACAGCGCGCUACGUCUCCUACGCUCCGGUCUUGCGACUCGCACAGCCUUCUGUCCUCGUGUCGCAGCCCGCAGCGCCAAGCCUGUCCACGGGCCGGGCGUGGCGGGUGAGCGCGAGCGCUGCGAACCCAGACGCCGCUUCGGCCUGUUCAGCGUCAGCGCCGUGGUCCCCGCCGCUGCAGCCGCCUCGGGCAGACACAUGGUCCGUGCACACGCCCGGGGCGGCUGCUGGCUUGGCACCUGGGCAUUCGUUGCGGAUUCGAGGCGCCCAGCCGCGGUGGCUAGUCGUGGAUGAUACGCAGAAAUCUGUCUCUCCUCAUCCGCCACGGCAUCCCCGCACCAGCCGUGCCAGGAGCACCGAGGGGUGGGUGAAGUUCGAGACUCCAAAGGAGGACGUUUGGGAGCAGGAAGAGCCAGCUCAUGUGAGUUUGGAAGUUUUACAGCUUCGGCAACAGCGACAGCAGUUGAAACAACAGCGCCAAGCGCUUUUACAGCAACAUCUGGAGCGGGAAGAGGUGGAGCGCGACAGACUCAAACGUGAAGAUGAAGAGGGCCGGGUGCUGCCCAAGAGGCAAGAAGAGCGUCCGCACCGCCGCCGCGACAAGCAACCCAGAGAGGAGGCGGGGAGAGAGACUCAAGAGAGAACCCGCGACCAAGCCAAAGAGACGGAAUUCCCGUCGGUGAAGAGCAGCCCGGAGACCACGGCGACGGGCGUUCAGGUGGCGUUGCCAUUGUUGGCAUCUGGCGCUGGCGCUUCAGGCGCUCUUCCGGGUUCUUCGCCAGGGCGGUCCCACACUGUCCCAGGGGCUCCAGGGCGUCGGGCCUCGCUGCAGGUGACGUCGCCGUGCUGCCAGUGGACUGUUCAGCACCGGGCCUUUGACGAGGACUCCCCAACAACGCAGCAGGCGAGCCGCAGUGACCACUCAUAUGAACUCGGCACGCAGUCUGACGUUGCUUCAGCCACCGCGGCGGCGGCAGCAGCUGCCCGAGAAGCAGCUCAGGCAGCAGCUCGCCGAGCGGCGGACGGCGUGCAAGAGGCGGCCGCUGCAGUUCUGGAACCCCUUCAACCGAUGCAGAAACGCUUGGCUCAGCUGUUCAGAGGCCGAGGGCAGCCACAGGAAACGGUGCGCCACUACGCGCUCCCCGGUACAAGCUCCCGCGUGACCUACUGGUAUCCUGCAGGGGUCCAGGCUGGCGUUCCCCCUGGGCGGAUGCCGUUCGUCGCGUACGGAGUGCCUGCGGUGCCUGCCGGCACUGAUGCCAAGGCGUAG